ACUAUUCGCAACAACGCUCUCGACAUAUAUAAGAACUCCAACAACACGCACCAUCCGGAAAAUACCAUCUAGCUUCGGGGGGAAUCUUUUCUUCUCGGUCUGCCAAUCACACUACAAGGUCCUAGGGCCACACGGCUUUGAGUCAUCAUGAGUGGACGCGUGCUCAUCAAGGAGCUCGAUCUGCGAAAUGGACACACCAGCAACACUGUUGCCGACAGGAUGAACGCUGUUCCUGGAUUCAAGACCAGUGCUGCUUUCUUCUCCUUCUUACGAGCAAACCUCGUCCUGCUCCCUGCCUCGACACUCAAUUCAAACGCGUCGACGCCUCUCCUCGAUCCAUAUUCCUCACAAGCUCUCCCUCCCCUACAACCAUCUUCCCUGGCAACCAUGACCUCUAACGCCGAAGACGAAGCUUCUCUUCCCCCCAACUCUCUUGACUCAAUCCCGACGCUCACAACUGCAAUCCUCACAUCCGAAGCCGAUAAAGUCGCGGCUUUAAAACUAGUUGCUGACUCUAUUGCUCAACAACGUCAAUUGGCCUCCGUCGCUAUCAUAUACCAUCCCGUAAUUAUUGCGGCAUACAUUUUUCUCCUGGCAAUUACGAGCCUGUUUAUCUACAAGACCACAAGUGAUAUUUUAAUUAUGGUUACAACGUGUGCGGGGAUUACAAUGGCACUGCUGGUGGUCGUCCAAGGUUGGACGAGCGGGUACGUCCAACUGGCUGAAGAAUUCAACUGGAAGUUCAUGAAGAACCAGGAUGGCGAGGAAGAUACAAUUAUUGGGUCUCGGUAUGGGGAACAGCUUAUUGGCGCCUUAAUUCUGCGUUUAGAAAGAAAUGGGAAUGGAAACGGGAGGAAGAAGUCGAAAGGUGGGAAGACGGGCGGGAGAGGUAUUGUGAGAGCUUGGACGACGAAACAGAGGUAUAGAGGGACUGGCGUCGGCACAGAGUUGUUGGAAGAGGCGGUGCGAGUCACGAGAGAGAGGCUGGGUAAUUCAGCGGAGAUCGGGUUUGCGGCUGAGCAUGCGAAUAGCAAGAUGCUUCUCCCGGAGAUGUUUAACCGAGGAUUUAGAGAGAGAGAAGCCAGGGCUGCCCGGGCGUUAGAGGAGGUGAUCGGGAUCAUGGAUGCUGGGAGUAAGAAGAAGAGGUAGAUACAGCAUGUCAUGGAAACUAAUAGCUGAAGAAUUAGUUGUACCUUGUAACAGUUUUGU